AUGUAUACCUUAGUUGUGAAGAUUGAGAAGCAAGCCUGCCAGAUCCUUUACUGGGAUAAUGAUGAGAAGGUAUUCUUCGUCCAAGAUGAUCAGUUCAAUCAACAAGAGCUCCCUCAAAGAUACGUCAAGGAGGCAAGCAAACUCUUAAAGAAUGGUGAUCAAGUUACACUGUGGCUCGAUGACGAUGAGAUCGUCAAGGUUAGUAUACCAGCAGCAGUAAUGGAGGCUAAUCGAUGA